GGCUCCUCCCCCUAACCUCCCUCAAUCUUCCCCUCAUCCAAUACCACCUUCUUCCCACCCCCUAAAUCCGCCCCUUUUCCCCGCCCUUCCUCGCCAUUGUGGGCAGAGACAUGACCGUCCACGUGAUGCCGUGAUCCCGCCCUCCUCCCGACUGAGGAGGAAGAGCAGAGAGAGGAGGGGGCGCGAAGCAACGAAAGCUCUGGGGGUGGGGGAAGGGGGGGCGGUGUAAGGCUGAGUGAUUUCCUUCCGGCACGUCGCCCGCUCCGUGGGAGGGGGUGGGGGGUUUCACUUCCGGGACGGUGUUCCGGCCCAUUCCGGCCCAUUUCCACCCCCGGAGCUCUCACCCCUCCAGUGCCGACGGUAGCGAAAGACUUUCCUCCAGGGGCUUCCUCACUGGGGAAUUGCCGGAAAGAGCAAACAAAAAAGGCGCUGGUGUAGGCUCCAAAAUAAACACAUCUGAAUUCAUGAUGGCAUCGACAGAGGCUCUUAUUGGAUUAAAAGUUUCAAAACAAACAAUAACGCUUUGGAAAAAGGGUUGAAUGCACCCUCAGGCACGACCAUGGAGAAAGGUGGGAACAUACAAUUGGAGAUUCCUGACUUCAGCAACUCUGUCCUGAGCCAUCUAAACCAGUUGCGCAUGCAGGGCCGUCUCUGUGAUAUUGUGGUCAAUGUGCAAGGACAAGCUUUUCGGGCUCACAAAGUGGUGCUGGCUGCCAGCUCCCCCUAUUUCCGGGAUCACAUGUCCUUGAAUGAGAUGAGUACAGUCUCCAUUUCAGUCAUCAAGAACCCUACUGUUUUUGAACAGCUCCUUUCUUUCUGUUACACAGGGCGGAUAUGCCUGCAACUGGCAGAUAUCAUCAGCUACCUAACAGCUGCCAGUUUUCUGCAAAUGCAGCACAUUAUAGACAAAUGUACACAGAUCCUGGAGGGCAUUCAUUUCAAAAUUAAUGUGGCUGAGGUUGAAGCAGAAUUAAGUCAAACAAGGACAAAGCAUCAAGAGAGACCUCCAGAGUCUCACAGGGUUACACCAAAUCUGAACCGCUCCCUUAGCCCACGACAUAAUGCCCCAAAGGGAAACCGGAGAGGUCAGGUUAGUGCUGUGCUGGAUAUCAGAGAGCUAAGUCCUCCUGAGGAAUCCACCAGCCCUCAGAUCAUUGAACCAAGUUCUGAUGUAGAGAGCCGGGAGCCCAUUCUUCGGAUCAACCGAGCAGGACAGUGGUAUGUGGAGACAGGAGUGGCGGACCGUGGGAGUCGGAGUGAUGAUGAAGUUAGAGUUCUUGGAGCAGUACACAUCAAAACUGAAAAUCUGGAGGAGUGGCUUGGACCUGAGAAUCAGCCUUCUGGAGAAGAUGGGAGUAGUGCAGAGGAAGUAACAGCCAUGGUGAUUGAUACCACAGGCCAUGGUUCUGUAGGACAGGAAAAUUACACUUUAGGGUCUUCAGGAGCCAAGGUGGCUCGGCCAACAAGCAGUGAAGUUGACAGAUUUAGCCCCUCCGGCAGUGUUGUUCCCUUGACAGAGAGACACAGAGCCAGAAGUGAGUCUCCUGGGAGAAUGGAUGAGCCUAAGCAACCCAGCUCCCAGGUAGAAGAGUCAGCAAUGAUGGGAGUAAGUGGCUAUGUGGAAUAUCUCCGAGAGCAGGAAGUAUCUGAGCGGUGGUUCCGGUACAACCCUCGUCUCACCUGCAUCUAUUGCGCCAAAUCUUUCAACCAGAAGGGAAGCCUGGACCGCCACAUGCGCCUACACAUGGGGAUCACACCAUUCGUCUGCCGCAUGUGUGGCAAGAAGUAUACCCGGAAAGAUCAGCUGGAGUAUCAUAUCCGCAAGCACACAGGCAACAAGCCCUUUCACUGUCAUGUCUGUGGCAAAAGUUUCCCCUUCCAGGCCAUCUUGAAUCAGCACUUUCGCAAAAACCACCCUGGCUGUAUACCCCUGGAGGGGCCUCACAGCAUCUCCCCUGAAACAACUGUCACAUCUCGAGGACAAGCUGAGGAAGAGUCACCUUCACAGGAAGAGACAGUUGCUCCUGGGGAAGCUGCCCAGGGCUCUGUGUCCACCACUGGGCCAGACUGAAACAUCCAGGGGGAGGGGGCUGACCCUCUUCCCCUUUGAGCCAUAAGCAGCCAGCAUCAGAGCCAUAGGCUGAUACUUAGAUUCACAAAAUGCCACAUCACUAGGCCAGAAGAUGCUCCCAAGAUGUUGCCAAACUGGAGGAUCAGCAACAUACACAAAAGCACUAAAGGCUCCUCCCUUCUUAUUGCCCGCCUCACACUUUGGAAAAUAAUCAAGCAAAUCAACUUUCUAAUUCAGGGAUCAACAGCCUUGGUUUGUUAACUUUAUAAGAAAAAAGGUUUUUUAACAAAACGAUGAUGAUAAAUGGUCAUUUAUCUAUCAGUCAUGUUUGAACACUGUACUUUGGUCCAUAUCAUCUUGGUGGCUAUAAUUGCCCAGAUCUAAAAAAUGCAGCAGGAGCCUCAACCAUCCGAAGCAGCCAACCACAAGAGAGGAGGUAGUCAUGAUGGUGAUGAGGAGGAGAAAUUUCUCCUCUUCCUUCCCUGCCAUAAGAUGCAUUUUUGUGUUUCAAGAAAAAACAAAUGAAUACUGGUGGUUCUUAUUUUGAAAGGUUAGACUUUAUCUUUCCCCUGACUAGGCAUCUAAUACUUUGCCUGGUUAUUUCAUAUAAUCAGCCAUCUUGAAGCAGUAUUCUAGUGGACAGCAUCACCUGAAGCACUUGGCAACUGGGAGUGAAAUGAGCAGCAAAGUGUAUGCAAUAGGUACUGCUACAUUUGGGGGCUUGAGUGUUGUGUUGAGGAAGAGGAGAGCAGGGAGGGAAGUGUUUUUAUGUUUUGCAAAUAUCAAACAGCACAGAGCCGUUCUGCAACUUCCUGACUGGUAUUUGUAAACCAUAGUGCUACACAUCCUUGGGUAAUGGCUCUAGUUCAGGUGAAUUAAUGUGUUAGGCUGACUACCAAAGUUUCAUCCAGUCUCUUUGGCUCCUAUUUUCACGUUCAGCAAUAUUGUACAUCAAAAAUGUCACUUUCCAGUGAAAUGAGCCUGGAUUGUAUUUUUAAAUCCACAGGUCUCCAUAUUUGGUAACUUUUAUAUGAAGUUUUAAACAUGUUUUUUCUGCAGUAUUGUGGUUGAAGAAAUUCAACACCAUGGUUCUUACUGCAACCACAAUUUCAUUUCCUGAUACAUAUGUAAUAGUUUAUAUUUUCAGGCAUAUAGAAGAACCUCACUUAAAAACUAUGUCUCGGGUCUGCAAACCUAGUUAUUCAUAAACCAACCAUCAGCAAAUAGCUGGUGACUCCAAGAGCUUUGCUUUUUAAUAAUAUACUACAGGGCACUUAUCAGAAAACAUCAUGCAGAAUAAUGUUGCAAUAAAUGAUCAAAGGAUCAAUUUUGAUCAGGUUUGGUUACUUAGUCAUUCCUAAGAUUUUUAAAACUUCAAGGGACCCUUUUAGUAAUUCUGGGUAUUUCUAAGAUUCUUAAUCCAGCACUGAGAGAAAGAACUUACCAAACAUGUAGAGCUUUAGAUACCCUGUCUUUCAUGCAGUGAGAGAAGGAGGAAUAUUAAGGGAUGCGGGCAAAUAGAUGCUUAUAACUUACAGUGCAAGUUGAAAAAUCUCUAGUUUCUCUUGACGGAGCACUAGUUGUUGGGGUUCUUUUAAGUAUUUAAGUAUGUAAUGGUUUAAGAAAUUGUUUCAGUGCAGAGGCAUAGAUGACUGUAAAAGAGACUCGGCAGAGGGGCAGGUUGUACCUGCACUGGUGAACCAUCUGUGAGAAUGUUAGUCAUGUGCUCCUUUCCUGAGAUUGCUUUGUGCUAUGUGAAAAGGUGGGUAGAAAAGAAAGAAAUUUCUUUGAGAUAACAAAUUAGAAUGCAAAGGGUAGAUCUUAAGCAAUCUGAGAAUUGUACAUGUACAUAAAGCUGCACCCUCUCACAAGAGAAAGUUUAUUUUAUCUUCUGAAAAAGCAUAAAAAUGCAUCCUUUAUGGGAAGAUAAUGAUGCUACCAUUUAAUAAGAGCCUACCUUUAAAGGCAGCAUUGAAACUGUAUUUUGUCUUUAGAAGACAUAGACUGGUGCAUCCUCUGCUUUAGUUAGGCAACAGCAUGAUAAGGAAAAAACUGUCUUCUAAGGCCGUCUUUAGGGACUGGCUAUGCUCUGUGGCAUAGAAAAGGUAAAGUUGAAUUAGACAAAAAUCCUUAGGGAAACAACUGGUAAUAACGUUUUCAGUGGACAGAUUUUGCCAUUACUAAAUAGGCAGUGAGGUGAGAAGUAGAUUAUGCUGCUUUGGAUGGAGCUUUUAAGCCUACCAAAAAACUUUAAGUCCAUCCUACUUUUGAGAAAUAGUAUGCUAGAAAGUUCUUUUUUUCUUUUUCUUCUUUCUUGUAUUUUUUAGAGACUGUGUCUUGCUCUUGUCACCCAAACCAGAGUGCAGUGGUGCAAUCAUAGCUCACUGUAAUCUUGAACUCCUAGGCUCAAGUGAUUCACCUGCCUCAGCCUCCAGGUAGCUAGGACUAUAGGCAUGCACCACCAUGUCUAGCUAAUUUUUAAAUUUUUUUGUAGAGACGGUGUCUCUACAAAAUUUGCCUAGGUUGGUCUUGAACUCCUGGCCUCAAGUAAUCCUACCACCUUGACCUCCCAAAGUGCUAGGAUUACAGGCGUGAGCCAGUGAACUUGGCCUGGAGAAAGAAUUCUGUUGCUUUGUUAGUUUCUUAGAUUAUAUGUGAGAAAAUGGAGCUUUUUAAACUAUUACCAAAUUUUAAAAGUGAAGUGCAGUAAUUUCUGUAAAGAGAAACUUUGCAGCAUUUGUCAAUUCUCCAUCCAGGGUUAGCAACAAACAAAUGAGGUAGGGACUAUCUCAUUCAUGUGGAAAUGCUAUGAAUGUUUGGUGGUUUCUUUUCAUUCACUUUAAAUAGCUUUUUCCUAUAUUGAUACUGUGAAUAGGGUGCUUCCUGGUCAUCUAGGACCACUUUAGCACAAUGAUGUUUGCUGGUUCUCUCAAUUGGCCUAGCCAGAGCCACAAAAUUCAUGAAAAUUUAAGGCAGGCUAGCUUUUAAACAAAUUAAAACUUCUGAAAACAAUUUCAGUCUUUUCGUUAGAAGAGAUAUCGUUAUUCUAAAUAACUGUCCAAGACUCUUACCCACGUACACUGUGAGAUUGUCCUAGUUCUUAGCUAACAACACGUUGGUCAUAGGAGUUACUGAUGUUCUAUCUACAUUAAUGAACACCUAUUAGUGUAUGCACAGAGGAUACCUCUUAAGGAUGUACUAAAUGGACUUUGGUUGAUGCUGAAAAUUAAUUACCAAAUCUUAACUUGCACGUGUUACCUUGUGAAGGGAACUGCAUUAGCAAUGAGAGCUACAUCAUCAUGAAGUACUUUAAUGCCAUGAAAUUGCAAACACUGGGACUGUUUUCAUUUAUUGAGUGGCACUUAGUAGCAAAGGAGCUAUCCAGUAUUCUCAGCGAAGAAGAGAGAUGGAAGUAUAUUAAUCUAUUUUCAUACUAAGAUGUUCCUUUAUUCUCUCUGAACUCUAAUACCAGUAUAAAAUAUAGCAUUGGCAUGAACAGUUAAUGCUGUACUUAGGCAGAAAGGCUCCUUCUAAUGACUUGUUCUCUCUUUACUCAGAACCGUAUUUACCUCUGAACCAAGUUGCAUUUUAUUUUAUCCAAGUUGCAAACUACCCCAUGCCAUUUUUAUUAUAAUAGAGGGUUAAAUCUAAUCUCAAAUACAUAAAGGUAAAUUAGUUCAUAGAGGAUAAAGUUUGGGAAUGAAGAGAGCAGUUAAGGAAAAUUUUAUUUUUUGUCAUUUUUUAAAUGUUUCCAGUUCCCUCUACAUCAGUGAAACAGGGUUUUCCAAAGAUGAUUUGAAGAUAGAAAAAACUUUUUCCCCCCAGCUUCACAGUUGACAUCUGGCAUUGGUUGGAAUUGGUCUGGUGGCAGAGUGAAAUAGGGAACUUCAUUUUUUUCUUUUUUUUCUUAAAGGCAGGGUCUUAACUAUGUUGCCCAGGCUAGUCUCAAACUCCUGGGCUCAAGUGGUCCUCCUUCCUCAGCCUCCUGAGGAGCUGGGACUACAGGCGUGUGAUCACACCUGGCUGUAAAUGUCAUUCUUAAUAGCUGAAUAAUCUUUGGUCAAGAAGUAACUUUUCCAGAGUUUUAGCUGUUACUUGACAUUAAUUGUGUUUCUUUUAACUGGUGAAAACUGUAUUUAUUUUGUUUGGCUACACUACCUAACUUAAAUGAAAGCAAUGGAUAAUAGAAAGGAAACUGAACAAAGACAAAAGUCUUCUUCAUCAUAGUGAAAGGCACUUAAUCAGGAAGAAGUUGGAAUCCUGGAAGUUUUUCUUUUUUUCAGGUACAAGAGGCAUGAUUUUUUUUCUCUUCCUAAAAUGUUCUUCCCCUUAUCUGUGUACUUAUUAGUUCAAGGAAUAACAAAUGAGUCUUAACUGAACUUAGUCUUUGGAAAUUGAGCUCUUUAUUUAGGUUAUAUGUGAAAGAGUUUAAAAUAUUGAAAUACUUUGUUGCUAAGCAGAUUUAGAAAAGGAACAAGCAAUUGUCGGGCAAAUCCCUAGGUUUGAGAAGAUGUCCUCAGCAAAAUAUACCCUUAGGACUUACGGAAUUAGAUCAGGGUUCAGCAAACAGUAGUUUCUAGGCCAAAUGCUGAGGCUACUUGCUUGUGUAAAGAAAAUUAUAAUGGAAUAGGGCCGCACUUACUUGUUUAGGUAUUGUUUAUGCCUUCUUCCUACUAUAAUGGCAAAGUUGAUUACUUGUGACAAAGAUCACAUGGCUGCAAAGCUUGAAAAUAUUUACUGUCUGGUACUUAUUAGAAAAAAAUUGCCAACUCCAAGAAGGAAUUACCUCCUAAAGUUGUUAUUCAUGACAUUUUGCCUUUAUAAUAGUUUGGUUGAAGUUUUAAAUUCCUGUUGUCACAUAUACAUGUUUUCUUGAAAGAGUUUGCCAACUUUUUUCUAGAUCCUCUUCUCAUAACUUUUUGUGCUCCUUCAUGAUUCCCAUUGCUUUAAAAGCAUUUAGAAUUGGCCUAUUGUUUGUCCUUGCCUUAAUGGUGCAGGUAUUUUAAAGUUUAGUUGUAAGUAAGUUUUGACAUUCCUCUGAGUUAACUUGAACUGGUUUGCAUAAUGGUGACAAGAAUGAAUUUUUUCCCAACUGGAUUAAAAACUAAUUUCAUUAUGAAGAAGUAUUUUGAUUCAUAUCCAAAGUACUGUUUUUCUAGAUUAGAACCCCUACCUUUUCCCUUUACAAUGUAUCUUAAUUUUAACUUCUUUAAACUUACUCUGUUCCAUGUAGAGCAGUAAAAAGCCAAGUUUUUCUUCCUUUUUUCCUGGAUGUUUUGAAACAUAAUGAAACAUCUGAGGAUUUCAAAUUCUUUUUAGACCUAUCUUCCCAUUUCUGUUAUUGUCUAUAAUUCUUCUAAAUACAUAUUGGACCAUUACAUGUUUGCUUUGUGAAUGUUCAUUCUUAGUGUUCAGAUAGCGUACUUAUACUCAAUGUGGGAAAAAUGGGAAAUGUUAGGGGGUUAAUAAACAGAAAUCCUUGCAGGAAGCCGGGUGUGACAGCAGACACCUAUAAUCCCAGCUACUUGGGAGACUGAGUUGAGAGGCCCACUUGAGGCCAGUAAUUCAAGGACCAGCCUGGGCAACAUAGACCUUAUCUCUAAAACAAAAAAAAAAAAAAUCCUUGCAAGAGGAGAGAAUAAUUGCUUCCCAUUUGGAAAUGAUAUAGGGACUUUUGAAUUAGAUCUAUCUUGACAAAGUUUUCUAGGCCAUGCUGAUACAGUAUAGGGAGUUUGAUUCUGUUGUGAGCUCUGUCAACAUAGACAAAGUUCAGGUGAGUAACUAGCUUUCUAUAAUAGGGACUCUCUUCACUAGGUAUUUUAAAGUUGCUGCUUUCUAAUUGGAUAUUAGGAAGUUUUAUAUGAUAUACCCUCUGAGUAAUAGAUAAUCCUCAUCUAUAAAGUUCCAGAAUAUUUGCCUAGGUUAGAUCUCCCCUGGCUUAGAGCAGUUAUACCUAUAGUAACAGUAGGUUUUUGAGAUUUUGGAGUAUUACUUUUCUGAUUAACCUAGGAUUCUGAUUAACGUGGAAUGUGGGACUUGUGAAAGAAAUUGGAUUUUGUUAGCCCAAUGAAUCACCUGCAUCCCACUCUAUUUGAGAUCUUGGUAAUAGAUGUCAAUUUAAAUAUGCAUCUAUUGAAAGCAAUGGAGUUUUCCAAGCAUUAUGACUUCCUUGAUAAUUUUCAGUCUUAUCUUUUUUCUUAUUUUCUAGUCUCUUUCCCUGUCUUUAGUCUUAUUCCUCUUAAAUGUGCUUUUCCCAGGGCCAGUCUUUUUACUCUCUAAGCAAGCAGGCUUUUUUGUUCAGGAUAAGCCAGAGUUAGAUAUUAUGAAUACGUUGAAACAUCUGAAUAUGUUAUAUUCCAAAGUAUGUAAUUAUUGAUAGUAGUAUCAAAACCUGAAAGAUAUUGGUGCAGAUUAUUCAGUUUUGCUGUGUAGGCAGACUGUCUUUCUCCUCAACUGUGACACACAGCAGUGACUUGAGAAGGCAAAUAUUACUUGAAACCCCCAUUAUCUUUAUAGAGGGUACGUAUAUAAAUAAAUUUCUUACCUGACAUUUUUACCGUUAUCAAUAUAUCAGUAGCUCACAUCUUAACAUAGAAGAAGCCCAUUAGCUCAAAUACUGGAAGCUUCAAACAAGAAAAUAAAUUACAAAAGCAAAGCAGUUAAUGAAAAAAACUUGUCUAUUGCCUGCAUCUUUCAUGUCUACUCAAUAGGUCCUGUUGAGGAGGCUAGAAUACACCAUCCAGUUAAGAAAGGGGUUGUUUUGUUUUGUUUAAGACAGAGUCUUGGUCUGUCUUCCAGGCUGGAGUGCAGUGGCUCAAUCUUGGCUCACUGCAAUCUCCACCUCCUUGGUUCAAGCAAUUCUCAUGCCUCAGCCUCCCGAAUAGCUGAGAUUACAGGCGUGUGCCACCAUGCCCAGCUAAUUUUUGUAUUUUUAGUAGAGAUGGGGUUUUACCAUGUUGGCCAGGCUGGUCUUGAACUCCUGGCCUCAAUUGAUCCUCCCGCCUCGGCCUCCCAAAGUGCUGGACUUAGAGGCAUGAACCACUGCACCCAGCCCCAGUUAAGAGAGUUUUAUAUUCAGCAUCUCAUAUGGCCUACACCAUGAUUUAAUAUACUGUGAAUCUUAGGAUUUCAGUUAAUCCAUAAUGCCAGGAGUUAAGGUAUUUCAUGGGAACAUGUUUCCUCUUCUAUGAAAUCACCUGUCUGCAGUGAUAGGUAAUGUAUAAGAGAAUCUGUUUCAUUAAGUAAAUAUUAAGUACUUUUUGAUGCCAGACAACAUGCUUGGGAUUUGUAUAAUAAAACUGGUUUUAGACAUAGUUUAGACAUGAUGUGUCUUCCUAUACUUGAGAGUCCUAAGCCCACUUGGUUGGCGUCUGGGAUGUAUUGCUUUUGAAAAGCCUGCACUUUUUACUGUAGAGAUAAAAGAUCAAAAACGGGACAGAAUUAGCUUUAUUAAGUGCUUUAUCGUCAUAACUGUGGUUAAUACAAUAAUACUAUGAGGUAAUAACAGUAAUGUUAAAAAUAACUAACUUUUUUUGAAUGCUUACUAUGUGCCAGGCACAGUUCUAUGUGCUUCACAUUGAUUAACUCAUCUAAUCCUUAUGACAAUCCCAUGAGGGUAGAUAACAUCCUCAUUUUAGAUGGGAAGAAACAGACACAGCUGACUCAGGCUAACACUAGAGUUGCCUCUAGUAGGUGUAAUUAUAUCAUAUUUUAUAGAUGAGGAAACUGAUGAACCCAAGGUUACAUAACUGGUAAAUUACAGAGCCAGUAUUUACCAUUCUUGAUUCCAAAGCCCAGGCUAUCUGCAUGAUGUCAUAUUGACUCCAUUUACUUAUCAAGAGUUGAAGUUGACUGGAAUAUACAGUAGCCAGGAACAGUACUGCUUUUUGUGAAUGUGUAAUUCAAGAGUGAGUGAUUAGAAGGUUCUUCAAAAGCUGAUGCAGUUGAUCUCUGAGCAGAGUUGAAUAGUGAAUAUUUUUGGUGGAUAUUGCCCACUGAUUCAAAGGAGUCAUCCGUGUGGUUAGGUCUAAUAAUGAGUGAGGUACUAUCAAGGCAAAAAUUGAAAGAUAGAGUUCCAGUUACUUAUUGCUGUGUAACAAACUUAAUUAAAAUUAAGUAAUUUUGAUUACUUAAAAUCAACCACUUCCUAUAUCAUGAUUUUGUGAAUCAGAAAAUCCAGGAAGGGCUUAUCUGGGCAAUUCUGCUCCCUGUGACAAUGACUCAGGUCACCUGGUGGUACGCAGCAGACGGUUAGACAAGUCUGAAAGGAGUGUCCAAGAUGAUCUUACUUACAUACCUGACACUUUGGUGGGGAGACUAGAAGGAUGGACUCAGCAGGGCUCCUCUUUCUUUCCAUGAAGUUUAAGGACUCUCCAUGUGUUCUCUUCAUCAAGGUAGUCAGACUUACUACAAGGACAGCUAAGGCCUCUCAAAGGCUGGGCAGAAGAAUCUAGUCAACUUAAAGGCCAGGCCUAGAAUAUCAUAUAACCACCACUGUACUCUUGGUCAAAGAACUUAAUGGUAAGAUGACAGCAAGAAUGAGGGGGGAAAAAAGAACUCAAUGGUCAGCCCAAAUUUAAGGAGAGAAGAAAUGCCCUACCACUUUAUGGAAGGCAUGUCCAGGACUUGGGGCUAUUUUUAAUGUGUUAAUUUUUUUUUGUUUUGUUUUGUUUUUUGUCUUGACUCUUUGGUGUUUAUUCGUCAGUUGUUUGUGCUGUAGAAACCAUUUAUUAUGUCUACCAUGGGUCACUAAAGGAGCUGGAAGGAGAAUGAGACAAAUAUUUGGAGCAUACUUCAUUUGCUGCCCACUCCCUCCAAGUUUCAUUUAUCUUAUAGCAAAAUUUUCAUCUUGUACUGUGUUCCAAGUUGUGAACAUUUGCCUGUUUUUGCUCUGAAGCCACGGUAACUACAUGCGGAGCUAGAAAUACUCUAGAGGGAGUAAAAAGCUUCUUUUUUGUUUGUUUGUUUUUUGUUUUAGGACAGAGUUUCACUCUGUCACCCAGGCUGGAGUGCAGUAGUGCAAUCACAGCUCACUGCAGCCUCAACCUCCUGGACUCAAGCAAUCCUCCCACCUCAUCCUCCCAAGUAGCUGGGACUCCAGACGUGUGCCACUACACCUGGCUAAUUUUUGUGUAUUUUUAGACACGUGAUCUCACCAUGUUGCCUGGGCUGGUCUUGAACUCCUGGACUCAAGAGAUCCACCUUCCUCGGCCUCCUGAAGUGCUGGGAUUACAGGCAUGAGCCAAUAUGCCUGGCCCCAAAAGCUUACUAUUAAAUAAUUUGAUUUAUUGGCGAUAUCAGUUGUAUUUUAAGUUUACAAAUAGGUGAAUACUCUUGUGGUAUGGAAACAUUGCAUGGCUACUGAAUCUCUUUCAACAGGAGUUUCUAUUGGGUGGCUACAUGGAUCAUAUUCUUGAGAUAGUGAAAAGUUUUACCUACUUAUCUUAAUCCCAUCUCUACCUCUACACCUCCUCCAGCAUGAUUUUGUGCUAGAAGAUGAAUCAGUUCCUUUCAUUCUUGUUACCUUUCAUACAGGAAAAUUCAUCGCCCAAUUUUAUAUGUUGUUAAUCUUUUAAAAUUAGCAGUUGUUACCAGCCUCUCUCAUUUAAAAUAACAGAUCAUUGAAGUUUUUUGAUUUUUGGUUAGAUGUGUCAGAUUUAGGAUGCCUUAUUUAAACUCGUGCUGUCUUACUAGACUCUUCCUGCUCUGAGAAGAAAUAUGGACAGAGAAUGAAUUUCACUGUCCAUAUUGAUGAACCCCAAAUCAAUACACUUGUUAAGAAAGGUUUGAGAUUAUCCAGUCCAUGUGCAGUGAAUUCUUGGAGCAUUAGCUGUGUGGGCUUCCUACUGAUCAUCUGCAGUUAUCACAGUAAAGAGAUCUCUGUUCCUAGGUCAGGCCUUAGCAAUUACAAAUACAGGAAAUAAAGGGGUACUCAAUGCUGAAGACUUAAUUUGGGGUACCUACAAAAUCCUGGGAAGGGAAAAAGAAGACCUUGGCAUUUGUAGUUGAAUAACCAGAGAUGGAAUGUUUGAGGCUUUUAGGCAUAAAGAUUAAUUAGAUUUUAUCAUAUAAAGAUUAGGGCAAAUUAUUUUAUUUUUUUCCAGUUCAUUCUUAACAUAUUAAGGGGCAAAUUUUAAUGAAUAAAAAUUUAAAGUCCUUAAAACUUUCUUUUGGAUUCACAUUUCCACUCUGGUAUAAUCCACUCUGGUGUAGUCUGCCCUUUAUGACAGAGAGAAAGCCUUUGAAAAUAUUGCCCCAGGGAAUGAAAAAUCUUAUGAUGAUCUAUGGAAAUGUCUCUCAUUCUCUAUUAUAGCACUUUGGGCCCUCCUGUAGAUUCUCUGUGAAUCUAAGUUUGAAAUCAUUUGGUGUUUGCAUGAAAAAUAAUUCUUACUAUUCAUUUAAAUAAUUCUUAAAUGUGGUCUUAAAUUGCAAGAGAGAACAAAGCCAGAAAAAAGGGAAUCUUGUAGAUUGACCAAAUAUUUAUUCUUUAUUUUUAGCAUCACAAAUCUAAACCAUUUCAAGCUAAUACAACAACCUGAGUGAGUAGAAAUUCCUUAAGGUUUAGAUUUCUGCUUUUAGUCACAUCUUGAAGCAGAUGUUUAUGACAUAUUUGAAGAUGAUCCACUGAGUUUCGUAUAAAGUAAUAGAAUCCUAACUAUAGUGGUUCUUUAAGAACCACUGAAAAAACAGAAUUGCAGUGCAGGGAACAAAGCUUAAAAUGUGUUUCCUCUGGAAGCCAAGAUGCUAAAAAAGGGGUCACUAAAAGUGUGACUGAAGUCCGUCUCUAGAAUGGCUAUCAGUUAGAUAGCAGAAAUAUUUAGAAUGUAUAUGGCAUUUCUAAUAUUUUUACAAAAAUAAUUUUAAAUCAUGUAACUUGAAUUUUUUUUAAAAAGUCUGUUUUCUUUUUGGAAAACUGGCACAAUAAAAAUAACACUAAUAUUCCAUUGUAUAUGCAUGUGCAUUGAACCCAGAGUGGGUAUACUAAAGAUAGUUCAUGCAAAUAACUUAUGGGAAGUUUGGCUAUUUUUUCACAAAUGUAUGUUUAUAAAUAUAUUUAGUCAUCUACUGUGACCUUGGUAGCACAGAAGCAUUUUGUUAGCUGUAUCAUUAAUUCUAAAAAUCAAAUUCUUGGCAUAGUAGGCUAUGAGAGCUUUUUGUUACUUUGUAUUUUGGCUAAGAAAAUUAUUUCUUGCACUUUCUAUUUAUAAAGAUGUUAUAACACAAUGCACCCACUUAAUGCAGCUUUUCUUUAGAGAAAAAAGAUAUAGGUGUAAAAGUGAAAUGUAUGUUUUAAAACCUGGCAAAAGGAAGGACCUCAAAAAAAUAAAUUUGGCUUGCCAUCUACCUGAGUAGGGUUGGGGAUUAAUAUAAAACUUAGGUUGAAAGUAGCUGUUGGGAUAGGUAUAAUGUUGCUGUGAAUUGCAAUAUUGCUGUGAGUUGCCAGCUGUGUGUGUGUAAGUUUAUGUGUGUAUGUGAGAAAAAGGUAUUUCAUGAAGGCAUAAAAGUCAGUGUAGAAUAUCCUACCUCCCACUAGAGACUGAGCAUAUUCAAGAUUGCUCUGUAGUCCCUUGGGCAGGAAGCUGGAUUCCUCAGCCACUGUCUACCCCAUUCUUCUCUAUACUCACUUCAGCUCCUCUACCUCUGAGCACUUGGCUGAAGAAAGAGUAUAGCUUUCUGUAGCAAGCAAAGGAAAGCCAGACCCAAAAUACAGAGGCUGCAGUAUCUGAAAUUCUUAUCAUGUUCAGAUAUUAAUAUUUGAUUUUGUUGCCCAAAUGAAACAAUGUCAGAACACUUGAGUUUAGUGCUUUUUUUUUUUUUUUCUCUCUCUCUCUCUCCCACAAACUUCUCCCAGUUUACUGCUUUUAUCCACUGGCUUCUGUUUGGCAGGAGUAGCCAGUGGAGGUCAAGUCUGUUUUUAAAGACUAAAACACCUAACUCCUUUUAAUGAUGUGUAACAUUUGUUUGAAUCCCCAACUUCUUUUUUUUUUUUUUUUUUUUUGGGUAGAGAUGGAGUCUUCCUAUGUUGCCCAGUCUCGUCUUAAACGUCUAGGUUUGGUUGGAUGCAGUGGCUCACACCUGUAAUCCCAGCACUUUGGGAAGCUGAGGCAGGCGGAUCACCUGAUGUCAGGAGUUCGAGACCAGCUUGGCCAACAUUGUGAAACCCUGUCUCUACUAAAAAUACAAAAAAUUAGCUGGGUGUGGUGGCGGCAUCUGUAAUCCCAGCUACUCAGGAGGCUGAGGCAAGAGAAUCGUUUGAACUUGGGAGGUGGAGAUUGCAGUGAGCCGAGAUCACACCAUUGCACUCCAGCCUGAGCAACAAGAGCGAGACUCCAUCUCAAAAAAAAAAAAAAAAAAAAAAGUGUGGGCUCAAGCAAUCCUACCACCUCAGCCUCCCCAAAGUGAUAGGAUUACAGGCGCCAGUCACCACACCUGGCCCAUGAUAGAUUUUCAGAUGACCUCUUUUACUUUUAAUCUCUCCAAAGAGAGAUAGUCUUGUUUUUAAUGUCAAUAUUGUCAUAAUAGUCAUGAUGUCCUCACCUGAAUGUUGUAGGUGUCAGAAAGUUGUUUCAAUAGUAAUAUGCAACUAGGCAGACCACCUAAUCUUUAAAUCCACUUGUAGCACUCAAUUUAUUUUCUGUUUGGGGCACUAGUGCACUGAGCCAAGUCAGCUUGCCUACUUUUCUAAUAUUUCUUACAGCUAAGGAGGAACUGUUGGUCCUUUGAUAUCCUAGAAUGCUUUCUACUUGUGGAAAUGCUUUUCACCCUAAUACACUGAUUAUAUUGUCUAAAUGUCUAAACAGGGAUUCUCUGGUUAGAAGUGAAAUGAGAGAGUGAUCCAUUUUCAGAUUUUUAGAGAUUGGCUCCCGUAUUUUAGGUACUAGCUGAUAAGUAUUUAGUUUCCUGGUGACUUUGGAUACAGCAAGUGGAGAUAUAGAGAAUGUGAAAUUCCAAAUAAUAAGACAAGCAUUACUCACAAAUGACAACUGAUACAGUAAUUUCUGCCCAAAUGCAGUAAGAAUCUUGUAGGGAGAUGAAGUGGUAAAAUUAAAUUAUAUGAAUCUUUUUACCACGACUAUUUAUUUUUUUUCCUACCUGUAGCAUAGUUCUCUGCCUAUAAGCCAUGCUAAUAUCCUAGACCCAGGAAUUAAUUCCUGCUUAGGAAAAUUUUUCCUUCUGGCUUAUCUUUUGUUUGUGCCCAGAGUUUUGUCCUAGGCCUGUCCCCUGAUCUUUUGCUAUAACACAUACUUAAGGUGCAGUCUUCUUACCUAAAUCAGUACUUUACUAUUGGUGUUGCUGCCUAUUACAGCCAGUUAUUUAUUUAAAAAGUAGUGAAAAAAUGCCUAGGUAGUUUGAUUGCAGCAUGUUAAAUCCAUAAAUCUGGACGGAAGCCAUGGAGUCUUACCUUUUCUCUCUCUAGCUUGGAUGAACACCAGCCUUAUGCUUUCUAUUACAGGACUAGUUGACCCAGUUCUUCAUAUUGGUUGCACAUUAGAAUUGCAUAGGACCCCCUCUAGACAUUUACAUUUUAUUGGUCUGUUGUGCAACCUGGGCUUUAGGUGAUUCUAAUGUGCAGCCAAGGUUGAGAAUCACUCCCUAUGUAAUCCCUAGUGGUCAUUGGCAGGAUAAUCUCAAUCCAGUUCUCUUUGACCUGAAAAUACCUUUAUUGAUAUUCCAUGCAUGGCUCUCAAUUCAAAGUGUACAGUGGGUCAAGGGUUAGGUAGUAAAAUGGAUCAUCCAUUUGUCCUUAGAAUAAUUGUGGAGGGAGAUAUUGUCAUCCAUCCAGUUUCCUCUCUAUACCAAAUACAAAGUACACAUAAAUAAGCAAAACAAAUUUUCAAAGUUCCUUCUCUAGAAUCCUCUUUCCUUUGCAUAUGUAGUUUCAGUGGAGAUUUCUCAACUAGCUGAAAUGGAGCAGUUGAAUAUAUUAAAAGAGCCCAAAGUGCUUACAGCAAUUUCUAUUUGUAAAAUAAACAGGUGGCAUUGUUAAUGGAGAAAAGGAAGGAUCCUGCCUGUGGUGAUGGUAAUAUGUUUGAUUAUUUGUCUCUUAGCCUGUCUUCUAAGUGGGAUUUCAGUGUCAGUUAACUUUCACUUUUCUUGGAUUGUUUUUUUUGUGAAUGAAAUGAACUAGUUAAGGCUUAAGUAUUUCUGAAUAAUAUAUGAAAUGUGAAAUGAGUCAUUUUAGGAUCUUUCUUCUGGGAUGUCAAAGACCUAACCAAGUAACUCCCAAAUGAGGUUCCAGAUUCAUUUUUCUCAUCCCAGGUAGUAAAGGUGUUUUAAUGGGUUUGUUACUUGCCCGUGGCAACCUCACAGAGGGGAGAACUGUUUUAUUACCCUAAAAUAGUGAGAACCACUGUUCAAACUAACUAGCUACCAAGUGACUUCUAACUCAUGAAGAAAAUUUGUAUUUAAGAGCAAGUUCAAAUGUAGCAGUCUCUCUUCUGAGAGUAUUCUGGAUACCACGGAAAGUUUCAUUUAUAUAUUGCAUACAAGUAAUUGGUAAUUUGAACUUCAGUAGGUGAUAUGUGCAAGGAGAAAAAGUAUGUCAAGGAGAAAGUUGGUUAGUGCAGAGGACUGAAUUAGCAUCAGUCUGUGAAAUUUCAUUAAAGUAGCACUAAGGCCUGGCUGUUUGCUUAGCAUGUAAAUGCUGCAGUGUCCGAGAAAAUGCCUCCUAUGCCUUAGAAAAUUUGCUGAAGGCUUCCUGUUACUGGUGGAAUAGAAAAGCAAUAGCCUUUGAGACUCCAAAGAGAGUAGCCCCCUUAGGGUUUUCAUACUGAAGAACCUUGUGGAGUACUGUGAAACAUUGUUGAACUUUAUGCAAAUUAUACUGCACUGGAUUUUAAGAUUUUAUGGGGGGAGAGUAGAGCAGAGUGGGGAAGUAAUGAUAAAAGAUAAAUACGUAAACUUGUACUAUAUUUUAAGCAAGGAAUGAAACAAAUUCCCUAACAGGAAUUCCCUGUCAGCACUGUGAAGUUUGGUCAAGUUCUGCCUAAUGGGUUGGCUUGCUGAUUCCUCUUAAACCUCUAGAAAAUCCUUUCUAAAACAGCAAAACAAACAUUAGUUUGAGUACUAUUUCACCACCCUGCUCCAUCCCCCUACUCUCAACAAAAGAAAAGCAUUCCCAAACUAUAGGCAAAAGAAAUGUGUUCUCAGUCCAUUAAUUUUUCAUCUGCUAUGAUUUCUGUUCACAGUUUUAGCACAUCGCAUUAUUUUGUGAUCUGAUAGCAGAACAUCAGGAACUAAUGGCUUCCUUCCCUUUAAGAAACCUUAAAGUUAGAACUUUUUUUUUUUUUUGAGACAGGGUCUUGAUCUGUCACCCAGGCUGGAGUGCAGUGGUGCAAUUAUAGCUCACUGCAGCCUCCACCUCCUGGACUCUAUCCUCCUGCCUCAGCCUCCCAAGUAGCUGGAACUACAGGCGUGUGCCACCACGCCCAGCUAAAUUUUCUAUUUUCUUUUAGAGACAGAGUCUCACUAUGUUGCCCAGGCUGGUCUCAAACUCCUGGGCUCAAGCGAUCCUCCCACCUAAGACUCCCAAAGUUACAGGCGUGAGCCACUGUGCUUGGCCUAGAACUCUAUUUUUGGCAUUUCUUUCUAAAUGAGUACAUUGGAAGAACAUUUAGGUUUCCAGGCUCCUCAUAAUUUCUGAAUGGGACCCGCUCUGCUCUGCCUCUGAAAGGAGAAGAAAAGGCUGAGGGUUCAAAGACAGAAAAGUCAAUGUAGCAGAAAUUUGAUUUCCUUCAGAUGGACAUAGUCUGAAAGAAAUCUAUCCAGCUGUUCUCUAUGGUGCUUAUAUGAUGGGUGACAGCUGUCCCCAUCUACCUGUCCCUGGCACUGUGCCUUCACACUGGUCACUGUGAAAAGCAGAUCACACUGGACUCAGAGGCCAGAAUCCAGGACAAGAUCCCCCUUCUCAUCUUGAGCCCAUCACAUCUUUGUAUAGCUGUUAAUGUAGCAUUUACUUCUCUAUGGGAAACUCUUGGGUUUUUAAACCCAAGAAGAAAUUGUAAAGCAUUUAAACUAGUCAGAAAAUAAGAUUCUGAUGGUAGCGAUCAAAUAAAGAGAUCAUAGGAAAAUUUCACUUCCUCUCAGUUGAUAUUGAUUGAUAGCAAGGAUCAACUACGCCCAGCUCUUCCCAAGUUUCUAAAGGCUACCAUAAUAUUUGUAAACAACAAAUUUAUCUAAUAUUUUUUACAACUUGCUAAUCAAGGAGGAUUCAUAUUAAAACAGACAAUCAGUUUCUAAAAUGUUAUCCCUAAAAGGGAAUGGAAUAGAGUAUUUUUAGCUGUAAGAACCUACCAGUCUGUUUUUUCCCUUUGAAAAAAACUAAUGUUUGAGAUUUGUGUCUUUUCAUCUGAAGCAGUUACUCCAUUAAUAGUAAAGAUGCCUCGGGAAAGUCAGUGAACCAGCAUAGUGCUCUUGCACCACUGAGGGUGCUAGACUGGCUUUGUGCAUCUUAUUUCCUAAGAAUAUGAGUUUUUAUUAUGACCUUAAUUAUAAAUACCUAUAUAUAGGAGUAGGAUUUUCUCUCACCCAACCCUACUUUAAUCAUUAUCACUUAAGUGUAAACCUCCACCUCCCCCUCUUUCCCUUUACUGAAAAAAAAUGCACUUUAAUUCCUAAGGAGAGUGGCUGUUCCUGGCCCUGAAACCAGAUUACUUCAGGAGGAGAGUUAAGGAGGGAGAACUCUUACCAGACCCUGUGAAAUGAACCAAAUUUCUUAAUGUAAACACACAAGUAAUAACAUCCACUUUUAAGUGGCCCCCGCUCCAUGCCAAAGGGAAAAAGAACCACCAAAUUGAAAAAGGGUUCUGAAUACCUGUCCUGAUUUUGGAAGCUUCACUGGGGAAAAACUACCUAAGAUUAUUUUCACAGCUACCAAUUUGUCAGAAACUUUGGUGGUGUUUUGUGGGAAGCUAAGAUUUUUUAAGUUAAAAAUCAAGUGAAAACACAAAGACUUUAAGAUAUCCUGAUUUGUGUCAUUUCUAAGUAGCAGAUGUGUUCUCCCUUCAUUUGACAGGUGUUCUCAGUCUCUCCUCCUGUAAGAUUCUGUCCUUCCCCUGAUGACAAGCCAGUAGUUCUUGGUGGGUUGCAUGUCUCCUAGAGCCCCAGGACCCCUGUCGUGCCGGGGAAGGGGGGAGGGCAGGAGGGUGGGCAGAGACUCGGGUUGGGGGAGGGAGAUUCAAAGAAAGAGUGAAAAUAUGGGUUUAUAUAAACAUAUUUAAAGCAGUUUAGCAAAAGCUUUCUCGUUGAACAGCUUUAAGAACAAUGUGAAUGAAAUCUUAGCAACUUGGUUAGUAAUCUGAAAAGUCUAUUAAUGUAUACUUGAAAUUCUGUUUGUAUGAAAAUGCAUUUUCCCCUUUAUUUUAACACUGUGUAAAAGAACAUUAUGCAUGUGAGUGGUUUGAGAAUUAAAUGGUUUAAUCCUCA